AUGGACGUGGGCGAUUUGUCGAGCUCGGCAGGAUUGGCUGGGAGCGGAUCCAUCCCUGUAGCAACGGGUGUUGGUAUCAUUACAAGUACGACAUCCGCCACCGCGGGGUGGUGGACGCCCACAUCGACGAUCGCCACCGCAGCGGCCAACACCGACGUGUCGUUCUUCGGGCGAACUUACAACAACCUCGGCAGCAUCUCCGAGUGCAAGAACGGCGGCGUGUGCGUGAUCAACAAGAAGAACCGCACCGCGUGCAAGGCUUGCCGGCUGAGGAAGUGUCUGAUGGUGGGUAUGUCGAAGUCGGGCUCCCGCUACGGACGCCGCUCCAACUGGUUCAAAAUCCACUGCCUCCUCCAGGAACAGUCGCACCAGGCGCAGACGCGCCUCAUCAAGGACCCCAAGUCCGCGUACGAGAAGGCGUUCGGCUCGUUGGACGUGGCCAACAACAACAACAACAACAACAAUAACGAGAACCCUCCUGGCGCGACCAGCGCUAUCAACGUGACGGGUAUACACCAUCAUCAGGACAACAGGUUCCCGAAAAGAGACGACCUGAGGCCGCAGGACAUUCCCGCUCAAUUGAGGGCGCCCGACAUCCCGGCAGCGAGAGUCAGCCAGGAUCCUCUCCUCAGGCCGAUGGAUCUGGUGAGGGCGCCUCACGAGCUGCUCAGGCCGGAAGUGUCCAGGUUCCCUAUGUGGAGGGGGCCGCCGUUCUUCCACCCGGCUCUGUCGCACAUGCAGAUCAUCAACACGCCGUUCUUCCCGUUUCAACAACGGUUCAUCCUCCCCUACGUGAACCAAGUUGGUACGCCGCCGAUGAUCGCCAGUCUGACGAGCUCGUCGAGCGACAGCGUGAGCCCCAGGUCGACGCCGUCGCCGAAACGGGAUGACGACAACGGGAGCGGGAACCGGGACGAGUGCAGAGGAGCGGACGGAAGUUGCCAGAAGAAUCAGAUCGAGGCGUACGACAAGAGCCUGGCGUUUCUGCGUUCUCUGGGCCCGGAGCAGGAGGAGCCGAUCGACUUGAGCAUGAAGGCCGGCACGAAGGUGGACGGGCAAGAGGGGACGGACGCGACCGGCGGAGGAAGCACGGAAGAGGAAAGGUCGACGGACAGCGAGGACAACGAGCUGCUGCAGGACACAGGGCCGCCCCUCGAUCUCACUAGAAAGACGUGA